AUGCACCUACUCCUUCCAACCCGGACCCGUGGUGUUUCCCACGUGGCUGGCCAUCGUGAUGCAGUUGUGCGGAAGUUUCUCCCCAGACCGGUUGGCCAAGGCCCCUAUUCAAUUCCCGCGAGUCUGCACCCCCAAGUGCAUCGAUGGCUGGGGUACCUUCUUCCGGUGCCUGCCCAGAAGGGUGAGGAGCAAAUGUUCGAUCUGAAGGCGCGCUACCAGCGGGCAGCCCUAGCAAGGCGGGAUCUCUUCAAGGGAACACUUACACCAUGCUUCUCCAAGGGGGGAGAACGGGGAGCUGACGGGUGA